AUGGCCAUCGCAUCUUCUGCGAAGGCCAAGUCGGCCUGCAAAGCCAACAGCAACACCAAUGCCAAUUCAAAGGCAAAGUCACAAAUGCACCGUCGUUCAAGGACAGGAUGCUACACUUGCAGAUUGCGCCGCAAGAAGUGCGACGAGGGCUCGCCAAUGUGCUCCGCUUGCAAACAUCUCGGUUUGACAUGCGAAUACAAGCGGCCAAUGUGGUGGAGCAACAACGAUGCCCGCCGCAAGCACAAGGACGACAUCAAGAUGAUCAUCAAGCGCAAGAAGCUCUCGGAAAAGGCGUCACACACAAUUCAGACUUCCGUUGGCUCUCCUCCCGGCCUGUCGCACUCCCUGCCGACUUCCGCCACCUUCUCCGAUCCUCUGGACCGCACUCGCUCCGCCUCCAUCGACUCCCACUUCUCGCCGGCUUUCAACUUCAACAGCCCACCAUCUGUCGGUGCCGAGUAUGCUGCCUACAACACGCAGAUGCACUCUGAUUUCAUGUUCAGUGGCUUCCCCUCGCCUUAUGAGGUUGAUGUCAAGACUGAACGCCAGGUGUACAUGAACGAUGUGCCCACUCUGAGGGAGUCGACUAUUUCCACAUUCAGCACCUACCACACUCCCCCGCCACCGGGAACCAUUCUGCCUUCCUCCGUCCCUCUCGACGGCGAGUGGACCGAGCAGAUCUACUCUGAGCGCAAGGAGUCCCUCAGCGAGGAGACUCUCAACGUCAACUUCUUCGAUUUCUCUCAUGGCCCGGCCAUGUCCAACCGCCAGGUUGCAGUUGAGCUCGACGAAAACGAUCAGCGCCUGUUGGACCACUUUGUCCAAUUCGUCCUGCCCACCAUCUUCCCCAUCCUCGACUCGAACCAACAUGGCUCAGUCGGCUCCGACCUGAUCCUGCCGGCUCUGCAAAGCAACAAGGGCUACCUGCACUGCUGCCUGAGUAUCGCCGCCCAGCACUACAAGGCAACGAUGAACGUGCCCGGAGAGGAGAUUGACCAGGACAUCAUGCGCCAUCGGUACGCCACCAUCUCAGCUCUUUGCGAAGCUUUGAACAAGGACGAGAACCACCAGGAGAUUCUCGAGGCUGCUCUGGGCCUUAUCUUCUUCCAGUGUGUUGUCGGUCGCUUCGACGACGCACUGCCCGAUAUCCCCUGGCACCAGCACUUUCAAGCUGCCAUCAGCUUGGUGCAGAAGCUUGAUCUCCCUCGCUUGGUGUCGGAUCCCAAUGAGCAGAUGACCCAAACACCCUUCAACAUGACUUUGACUUCUUGGAUUGACAUCCUCGGCGCCACCAUGCAGGGCCAAGCACCCACUUUCGCGCACACCUACCGCGAGAAGCACCUGUCAAACAACCCCAGCCUUGGUCUUCGCGAGCUUAUGGGAUGUGAUGACCGUGUCAUGUACCUCAUUUCCGAGAUUGCCUGUCUCGAGGCCCUCAAAGGAAGCGGCAUGGACGACAUCACUCUUUGCCAGCACGUUCACGCACUUGGCGACCAGAUCAACCUGACUGAGAUUGGCGAACCCGGCCCCAAGAUGCCCUACAAUAACAAUGGAAGCUUGUCCCCAAAGCAGCUUUCCAAGAACAUGACGGCCGCUUUCCGUCUUGCCGCACGCAUCUACCUUUGCAGCUUGGUGCCCGGCUUCAACCCCGCGCAGGCCUCCUGUGUGGGCUUGGUUGAGAAGCUUGCCAACGUUCUCCAGCUCAUCCCUUCGGGGCCUGGAGGCUUUGAUCGCAGCCUCGUCUGGGUCUACCUUGUUGGUGGCUCUGUUAGCUUGCAUGGUAGCUCACUCCGCGCCCUUUUUGAGGACCGGGUUGCCCAGCUUGGCGACGUCUCUGACUGCGGCUCCUUUGGUCGCGUUGCGUCGCUCCUGAACGAAGUUUGGAUGCAGACUGGCAACAUCAAGAGCAGUGACAGUUGCGCCGGCAGCCCUGGUUCCACGCAAGGAACUGAGGCGGUAGCAUACAUCCACUGGAGGGAUGUCAUGCAGAUGAAGGGUUGGGACUUCUUGCUCAUCUAA